AUGUUUACAGAGAAGGCCGCUCUGGCUUUGGCCGUUUUUUCACUUUGUGGACUUGCUCAUACUGAGGGCCAAAUCACUUCUGACACUCAUUUCUAUGGAGAGUCCCCGGCUGUGUACCCCUCACGAUCUGGUGACUGGGCUGGGGCUUAUAAGAAGGCCUCAGCUCUGGUUGCUCAGAUGACAUUAGAAGAGAAGAACAAUCUCACAUACGGAAUCACAUCAGAUACUACCAGUUGCGUUGGGGUUAUUGGAGCUAUUGAACGUCUUGGAUUUCCUGGACUAUGUAUGCAGGAUGCGGGUAAUGGAGUUCGCAUGGCAGACUUUGUUAAUAGUUAUCCAAGUGGAAUCCAUGUCGGUGCUAGUUGGAACAAGUCGCUUGCCCAUGAUCGCGGCUGGCAUAUGGCUGGAGAGUUCCGCACUAAGGGUAUUAAUGUCGCACUUGGGCCUGUAGUUGCCCCGUUAGGAAGAACUACCACCAAUGGAAGAAAUUGGGAAGGUGUUGCUAGUGAUCCGUAUCUGAGUGGCGCACUCGCAGCCUCUACGGUAGAUGGUAUGCAAGGUCAGGGUGUUAUUGCCAGUGUCAAGCACUUUAUUGGAUACGAACAAGAAGCCUAUCGAAACCCUACCACCAACUCAGACAAUGAAACUGUUGCGUCCGUGUCUAGCAACAUUGAUGAUAAGACAAUGCAUGAAUCCUAUCUAUGGCCUUUCCAAGAUGCACUGAAGGCAGGUGCCGGAAAUAUCAUGUGCUCCUACAACCGCAUUAAUAAUUCCUACGCAUGCCAAAACAGCAAGACCUUGAACGGUCUGCUAAAGGAAGAGCUCGGAUUUAACGGCUUCGUCGUGACUGACUGGUACGGUCAGCACUCUGGUGUCGGCGCUGCCUUGGCCGGCUUGGACAUGGCAAUGCCCAAUGGACUGACUUUCUGGGGACCUAAUUUCACCGAAGCGGUCACCAAUGGCAGCGUUCCUCUUUCUCGUUUAGAUGACAUGGCAACUAGAAUUGUUGCAGCAUGGUACCAAAUGAACCAGGAUGCACCUAGCUACCCUGAACUUGGUAUUGGAAUGCCGCCCAACAUUAGCGCGCCCCAUAAUAUUGUCAAUGCGCUGACCCAAGAAGCUAAGCCCGUUCUUUUUGAGGGUGCCGUGGAAGGCCAUGUACUUGUAAAGAAUGUGAACAACGCUCUGCCUCUGAGCAAACCGAAGUUGCUUUCGGUAUUUGGAUGGGAUGCUACCGCUCCUAAAGAGUUCAUGCCUAACAAUGUCCUUGUGUCAAAUGCCUGGGAAAUGGGUUACGAGCCCGUUCUUUUUGAGAUAGAGGCGCUCUCUGGUCUCUUCGGCUCUGGCGGCCAAUAUAUCGAUGAACCGUUGGACUACCAGGUAGCCUUUAAUGGUACUCUCAGCGUUGGUGGUGGCUCGGGUGCAAAUGCAGGCCCAUACAUCAGUGCACCUCUUGACGCCAUUCAGCAACGCGCCUAUCAAGACAACACUGCCGUUAUGUGGGAUACAGGUGUUAACCCAAACACACUUGGCGUUAUGGAAGCAUCUGAUGCAUGUCUCGUCUUCAUUAACGCAUUUGCUUCUGAGGGAGUGGACCGCUCUGGAACUUACGACAGCUACUCAGACGCUUUAGUGGCCAAGGUAGCAAAGACUUGCCCCAACACUAUUGUCAUAAUCCACAACGCUGGAACUCGCAUGGUCGAAUCAUUUGUUGAGAACCCCAACGUUACUGCUAUUGUGUUUGCCCAUCUGCCCGGUCAAGACUCAGGUCGCGCUAUCACAUCUCUGCUUUACGGUGACAGCAACUUCAGCGGCAAGCUUCCAUACACUGUCGCCAAGAACGAGACUGACUACCCAGCAUACUGGCAUGAUUAUGCUGUCACACCAUACGAGCUUUACCCCCAGUCCAAUUUCACCGAAGGUUGGUUCGAUGCAAAGAACAUUGAACCACGAUACGCAUUCGGAUAUGGUCUUUCAUACACCACUUUCUCUUUCUCAAACCUCAAAGUUUCUUCCGUGAAGAAUGGCAUCGCUGCCUAUCCUACCGGUGUUAUUGAGCAAGGUGGUCAAGUCGAUUUGUGGGAUACUGUGACCAAGGUCACUGCCAUUAUCAAGAAUACAGGACGCAGGUCAGGAGCUGAAGUUGCUCAGAUCUACGUCGGUAUUCCAGGAGGUCCUGUAAAGCAGCUUCGUGGAUUUGACAAGGUCCUUGUUCCUGCAGGUAAAUCGGUCCAGGUUUCCUUCCCGCUGACCCGACGUGAUCUCAGUACUUGGAAUGUGACUGCACAGAAGUGGGAAUUGCAAAGUGGAAAUUAUGAGAUCUACGUGGGCUCAUCCAGUCGGGAUCUGCCACUCAAAUCUACUCUCAAGGUUACCGCUAGCUCUAAGUAG